GCGGCCGCUGUCAGGGAAUCGCAGGCGGCCAAUGGAACCCGGGAGCCGCCGCUGCUGCUGAGGCGGCGGUGUCGGCAGCCCGACCCCGACCGCCCGCACCCCCUCCGCCGGGGUCCCCCGGAGCCUGGAAGCUUGAAGUCUGGCUGUGGCCAUGGGGGACACGGUAGUGGAGCCUGCCCCGCUGAAGCCAACUUCUGAGCCCACUCCUGGCCCAUCAGGGAACAAUGGGGGCUCCUUGCUAAGUGUCAUCACGGAGGGGGUCGGGGAACUGUCAGUGAUUGACCCUGAGGUGGCCCAGAAGGCCUGCCAGGAGGUGCUGGAGAAAGUCAAGCUUUUGCAUGGAGGUGUGGACAUCUCUAUCAGAGGCACCCCACUGGAGUUGGUCAAUGGGGAUGGUGUGGACAGUGAGAUCCGUUGCCUGGACGAUCCACCCUCUCAGAUAAGGGAGGAGGAAGAUGAGAUGGGGGCCACAGUGGCCUCUGGCACAGCCAAGGGAGCAAGAAGGCGGCGGCAGAACAACUCAGCCAAACAGUCUUGGCUGCUGAGGCUGUUUGAGUCAAAACUAUUUGACAUCUCCAUGGCCAUUUCAUACCUGUAUAACUCCAAGGAGCCUGGAGUGCAAGCGUACAUCGGCAACCGGCUCUUCUGCUUUCGUAAUGAGGACGUGGACUUCUAUUUGCCCCAGUUGCUUAACAUGUACAUUCACAUGGAUGAGGACGUGGGUGAUGCCAUCAAGCCCUACAUCGUCCACCGUUGCCGCCAGAGCAUUAACUUUUCUCUCCAGUGUGCCCUGUUGCUGGGGGCCUACUCUUCAGACAUGCACAUUUCCACUCAACGACACUCCCGCGGGACCAAGCUCCGGAAGCUAAUCCUCUCAGAUGAGCUGAAGCCAGCUCACCGAAAGAGGGAGCUGCCCUCCUUCAGCCCAGCCCCUGACACAGGGCUGUCUCCCUCUAAAAGGACUCACCAGCGCUCUAAGUCAGAUGCCACCGCCAGCAUAAGUCUCAGCAGCAACCUGAAACGAACAGCCAGCAAUCCUAAAGUGGAGAAUGAGGAUGAGCCCGUCAGACUGGCUCCCGAGCGAGAAUUCAUCAAGUCCCUGAUGGCGAUUGGCAAGCGGCUGGCCACGCUCCCCACCAAGGAACAGAAAACACAGCGGCUGAUCUCAGAGCUCUCCCUGCUCAACCAUAAGCUCCCUGCCCGAGUUUGGCUGCCCACUGCUGGCUUUGACCACCACGUGGUCCGCGUGCCCCACACCCAGGCUGUUGUCCUCAACUCUAAGGACAAGGCUCCCUACCUGAUCUAUGUGGAAGUCCUCGAAUGUGAAAACUUCGACACCACCAACGUCCCCGCCCGGAUCCCGGAGAACCGAAUUCGUAGCACCCGGUCUGUAGAGAACCUGCCCGAAUGCGGCAUCACCCACGAGCAGCGGGCAGGCAGCUUCAGCACUGUGCCCAACUAUGACAACGAUGAUGAGGCCUGGUCGGUGGAUGACAUAGGCGAGCUGCAGGUGGAGCUCCCUGAAGUGCACACCAACAGCUGUGACAACAUCUCCCAGUUCUCCGUGGACAGCAUCACCAGCCAGGAGAGCAAGGAGCCUGUGUUCAUUGCAGCAGGCGACAUCCGACGGCGCCUUUCGGAGCAGCUGGCUCACACCCCCACAGCCUUCAAACGAGACCCAGAAGACCCUUCUGCAGUUGCUCUCAAAGAGCCCUGGCAGGAGAAAGUGCGGCGCAUUAGAGAGGGCUCCCCCUAUGGCCAUCUCCCCAAUUGGCGGCUCCUGUCAGUCAUUGUCAAGUGUGGGGAUGACCUUCGGCAGGAGCUGCUGGCCUUCCAGGUGUUGAAGCAACUGCAGUCCAUUUGGGAACAGGAGCGAGUACCCCUGUGGAUCAAGCCAUACAAGAUUCUUGUGAUUUCGGCCGACAGUGGCAUGAUUGAACCAGUGGUCAAUGCUGUGUCUAUCCACCAGGUGAAGAAACAGUCACAGCUCUCCUUGCUCGAUUACUUCCUGCAGGAGCAUGGCAGUUACACUACUGAGGCAUUCCUCAGUGCCCAGCGCAAUUUUGUGCAGAGUUGUGCUGGCUACUGCUUGGUCUGCUACCUGCUGCAAGUCAAGGACAGACACAAUGGGAAUAUCCUGUUGGACGCAGAAGGCCACAUCAUCCACAUCGACUUUGGCUUCAUCCUGUCCAGCUCACCCCGAAACCUGGGCUUUGAGACAUCAGCCUUUAAGCUGACCACAGAGUUUGUAGACGUGAUGGGCGGCCUGGAUGGCGACAUGUUCAACUACUACAAGAUGCUGAUGCUGCAGGGGCUGAUUGCUGCUCGGAAACACAUGGAUAAGGUGGUGCAGAUCGUGGAGAUCAUGCAGCAAGGUUCUCAGCUUCCUUGCUUCCACGGCUCCAGUACCAUCCGCAACCUCAAGGAGAGGUUCCACAUGAGCAUGACUGAGGAGCAGCUCCAGCUGCUGGUGGAGCAGAUGGUGGAUGGCAGCAUGCGGUCUAUAACCACCAAACUCUACGAUGGCUUCCAGUACCUCACCAACGGCAUCAUGUGACAUCCUCCUUCUCAGGCCCCGGAGCAGUGGGGGAUUCAGGGGACCCUCCCUGGGAAGGCCCUUGUCAGAGAAACCCUAAACCAGGAAGCCCCACCCACCCAGCCAUCCACCAAGGGAAAUGGAAGGCAAGAAAUACAGAGGAUCAUGUGGUAACUGUAGAGCUUGCCAGGGGGGUUGGGAGAACCAGCCGUGGGGUCCAGACUCGCUGGGGCUUUCCUACCACCCCCCACCAGCUGUGUCAGUAUUACCACCUGACAGACUCCAGGGCUCACUGCCCUCCAGAGAACAGAAGUGAUAAAUGUGAGGGACACUAGGGCCUUUCUUCUCCUCACUAGGGUUCGAGAGGUUCUUUCCGCAGGCCGUCCUAAUGUGUCCUGGGUCCCAGGAAGGAGGAAAGAGUAGGUUCUUGGUACUAAGGACUUGAUCCUGUGGUUGGCCUUCGGCCAUGCUGCUGCCCGACUCUGUCACCUCCCAGGGACUAACCCCUAGCCCGAGUUCCCCUUGGUAGGUGGGCUUUGGCAUAGGGUCCUGCACUUGCUGAGGUUCCCCAUCCCAGGAGUGAGGAAGGGAAUGAUCACAGCCCCUCCAGUCUGAGGGUAUUGGCCUAGCCAUGGGGAAUUCCUUGCCCUUAUCCUUUCCCCACACCCAGGGAAAUAGCUCUCAAUUUUUAAUUUUUAAUUUUUGUUUGAAAUAAAGUCCUUAGUUAGCCA